GACAACACGGGUCGUCGUUUUCUGCCUUCACUCUUUCGUAUCGCCGUCUGGUUAAAUAUCCACCGUCGGCGAGGAUCGGUUUGUUCGGUAUAUCCCAAAGUGACGACCGAAUAAGACGAUCGACCAUCGACGAGAUUAGUGCCAAUCUCGAUCCAAUACGAGGGUGUUUUCUAUCGGUUAGAACGAGGUAACGAGACCAAAGAUGAGGGCGUAUUUGGGAUACACGUUCGCUGGCACCGCCACGGCAACCAUCACCGUCUUAGUUUUGUAUCACGUAUUGACUGGCAAGGGAGAGCGAGUCAGUAUAGCAUGGUUCCUCGAGGAAACCUCGCCAUACAUGUGGGCAACCACUGGCAUUGGUCUGACGGUUGCUCUGUCCGUCGUAGGAGCUGCGAUGGGUAUUCAUACCACCGGAACAUCAAUAGUUGGCGGUGGUGUCAAAGCUCCACGUAUAAAGACGAAAAACUUGAUUUCCGUUAUAUUCUGUGAGGCUGUGGCUAUCUACGGUCUAAUCACUGCCAUUGUGCUGUCUAACUCCGUUGAAGAAUUCUCUGUCGUAAACAUGACAGAUUCUCAAAGAGCUAACAAUUGGCUGGCCGGCUAUAUAAUGUUUGGAUCUGGUACUGCUGUGGGGCUUGUAAAUUUGGUCUGCGGUAUAGCUGUCGGCAUUGUAGGUUCAGGAGCAGCUAUUUCAGACGCCGCUAAUGCCUCCCUCUUCGUCAAGAUCCUCAUUAUUGAGAUUUUUGGUUCUGCCAUCGGUCUCUUUGGUUUGAUCGUCGGUAUUUACAUGACGUCAAGGAUAACGAUGGGGUAAUUCGAAAUGCAGAUGUGAAAUAUGCCAAAGGUCUUUAUCACGGCCAAAUGUGGCGUAUAAACGAUAUCAGCAAUUAUGUAUAUACAAAUAUGUGUAUAAAAACGUAUAUAUUACCUAUAUGCAUACACAAACCCAUGAAAUACGUCUCAAUAUAACUUUCAAAUGAA